AUGGAUAGUCCAGUCAUCGACGAAGGUGGCAUCGAACAGUCUUCAGCCACUGUUGCCGCUCCUAACCGCCCAGCUCCACUGCAAAUCAAUGAUCUCCCAGCUCUUGUGAGUGGGUCGUCGCCAAGCAGUGAUACUUCCCAGGCAAAUAUCGGCAGUUCCAGCCACACUGAGUCGACAGAAACUAAUAACACCAGCCAUAAUUUGUCGCCCACAUCCCCUCACCAUGGCCAGACUUCAGGAGCCGGUAGUUCUGAGCAGCCCCAGCCAGAGGCAGAUGACAACAAUCAUGGCAAUUGCAAGGACAGUAGCAAUGACGACCUUCCGGUAACUGUCGAGUCCGAUGACGAGGAAGCUCCCCUGCCGACCGACUUUGAGUACCCCGGGGCCCGUACACUUGUCCAAGAGUUGCGGCAGCUGUUCGGAGCCUGCAUGGCCCCAGAGAAUAUGGACUAUGCCGACGCAUCCAACGCUGGACAGAUCACCAUUCUCAGCAAGCUGACCGUCAUCCUAGUCUUCCACAUCAUCAUCCGCGCCCUCUACUCCGUCACGAAGUUCGUCCUCAGCAUCCCCACUACCAUCAUUUCUUCCAUAAUAUCCAUCCUCUCCGGCAUCGCCGCCGGCAUCGCGAGUCUCAUCUCCACCGCCGUCAAAUCCGUCUGCACCGCAUUCACCACCGCUACGAUGCGCAUCCGCAACACCUCUCAGGAUGUCUGGCUGCGCGUAUCCGGCCGCUGGCCCCGCGCGGCGGCGUAUCGGACCUGCAUCGCAGCUCGCUCCCGUACCUUCUUCGCCGCGAUUCGAGACUUCUUCUCCGCCGCGCUAGAUUGCCACGCCUUGUGCGUGGUGGCCCUGCUGCUGGUUGUCGGAGUGGUGUACCGGGCGCAGAUGGGGUGCUGGGGGUGUGACGAGUAUUGGUUCGGGAUGGGUGAUAUACAUUGGAGCGAUGUGCGGAGGUGUAGGGGGGAGUUGGGGGAGAGCUUUGUGUGA